UCCGCGCGCUGGUAUCAUCCCAAUCUUGUGCAAGGGCCACCUUUACCGCCUCGCAGCCACAGCCCUCUUUGGAUGUACAUGUGCUGACUACCUAGAUGAACUGACAAAAAAUGGAUACCUUAAAUUCAAAGCGAGCCUGAAAGAGUCUGUUAGGGGAAUGAUUGCGGACGAUACACCUUUCUAUGAGAGCAUACAUUGUAAUCUGAUUGAAGCACUUAUGGCUGCGAGCUGUGCCGACGUGUCUGUCGGGAACAUUGUAGAUCAUAUUGGCGUUUCACCACAUUUGAUGUCUCGUCUAUCUAUCCGUACGAUCUCGAAGAUGCACUACUGGUGUGGGCUAACCGAUGCGUAAUUGAAAUGCGGGAAACAACUGGAAUGGAGAGCGUACGGGAGCUUGAAGAGCUUGUAAAGGACUUGAGCGAUGGGGUGAUACUGUGCGGUAUGGUGCGGUACUACUUUCCGGCCCUAGGCAUAUUGGAACCCCAACCGCCCCAGUGUGCUGAUCGGGCAAACUACUGGAGGAUUUUGGCAACGGCUUUCGAUCAAUUGAAAGGCGCUUACACAACCUGGGAUGCUGAAGAACUAGCGACUGUCAGCGUUGAUUUUGGAGCAGGAGCCGGUCCUAUUCGGCGCUUGAUUAUGACGAUCCUGUGUCAGCUUUUUAGACUCUGUAAGGAGCUGACGUACACAAAUGAUGGAGCUCCAGUUGCAACAACAGUGCUGAUUGAGCUGACAGCAGCCGAGAAGGAGGUGCCACUGAGUACUUCAAAAUCGAUGCGAGAAGAACAGAAACAAUGCAACAAGCCCUACACGUCCAAACCUAACCCAUUAAAAAAAACAUCGAAAUCGACGCAGAAAAAAAAACUGGAAGCAGGCCAAACGGCCCCACAUGAAAUUAGAAGUUCCAAUACUGCCUCGUCCGGUGAUAGUGCAAAAGCAGAGAGGAUGCCCGUAGCCGCUCUGUCAAAACCCAUGGAAGACCCUGACAAGGUGGAGCAAAUCGACGGUGCUACCUCGAAGGAAGACUGCGAAAUCGCCAUGCUAGGGGACGGAGAAGAACACCAAUUAGUCGCACAUCAAGCUGGUAUUGCGAAAGUUAGCGACAAACCGUUCACCAAAAAAGCAACCUCUUCAAAUAGCUCUGAAGAACCGGCACUAGACGCAGGCUACCACAAUGGAACCAUAAUGAAUGGUGGCACUAUACUUACAGCUUCUUGCAGCCCAGCAAACUUGUCGAUACUUGACGCACGACCCAACAGCUGUGCAAAUGCCACUGUGUCGGCUGAACUUCAGCCGGCUGAAACAGGGCAUGAUAUUGCCAUCGGAGGGCAGGAUAUCGAGUAUCAGAAAGCGCAUGGAUCAACCGACGACGUCGCCGAGACAAUCAGCGACGAAGAUACAUCUCAACCUCCUGCCGUUAAUGACACCAAGAAAAUCGCGGAAAUUUCGCCCUCCGGUUCGUACAUUAAGCAACUAAAGCCAAACGGCAUUUCCACUCCGGCACACACACGCAAACCUACUGCGAUAAUCAAUGAAUUCAAAGUCACAUCUACCAGGGCAGAUGCACCACUGAAAGUAUUAAGUUCACAUCAAGCAGGAAAGAAGUCUCGAACGCGCCGCCCCCGCGAAAGUGCUCCCCAUUAUGUAGAAUGGGAAGAUGAGUUCGGUUUGAGCCAUAUGCCUACCUUUCCUUCCCUACCUGUUCGCACCCAAGAGAUCAGAGAGCAGGAACAGGUGGUUAGUUUACCACCAAUACAAAUAUCGAAAGCGGAGACUGCCACCUUGCGAUUUUCAACAUCCGUGGAUAAGUUACCGGACAUCGCAAACAAGACUUCAGUCGUAGGAAGUGAAUGUAGACGUGACGUUGAGGUUUCACAACUUCCUAUUAACCUGAAUCAAAAAGCGGGUGAUCGAAAGAUGCGGGACGAAAGUCAGUAUAGACUACGCCUUCGUGAUACAUCCGUAGAGAAUUUCAUCGAACGCCAUCCGACCAAACUAGCAACUGAAGCUUCGCAACAAGAGUCAGACAAAGAUGAUGAGCUAAGGGAUAGUCGUUAUGGCUCCCGCGAAGGUGUGGAAAUCAAGACAUGGACUGAGCAACUACCUGUACCACAUCACCAGCUAGAUACUGUUGCUGCGAGAGAAAUUGAGCGCGGUGAUGUUAUAUCUGAGUUGAGGGAAGACGGGAGGAUUGUGGUGCAUCAGCUUGCUCAGUCGCUUUUGGUAGAUAGCGAUGAUGACACGACACAACAUGAGGAUACCAAGGGGGUGCGCACAUGUGAUCAACAGCAGCUGAGUGGAUAUCCAAAAGAAGAGAACCUGCCUAUCGAAAAGAUGGUGAAAGAAUUCACCAACCGGCCGUCAUCUACAAAAUCCCUUCCUUCCACAUCCACCUGGCUGCCAACGAAGGAGGAUGACGAAGAAUGGGUAACAGAAGAUGAGGGGUCAGAAGAAGAUAAAGAUGCAGAAUGGACGACGGACGAUGAAGAGGAACAUACGAGCAAUAAUCAGCAGACAACGUCUCCUGCCUUCGCACCUCAACAAACCUCUCCAAGAAGAUGCUCGUUCAUACCACGUCCCCCAGUCAUAAAUAAACCUAAUCAAACCGUAUCCCAACCUACGCGCCCUUUCGCACCGCCCACCAUAAAGGCCAGUGAAUUUAGCAUUGCCCCUGCUGCCGAAUCAAGCACGCAGGCAUCCCCAGCGCCCGUUUCAAGGCAGCACCCACUUGACCUUGACGAACAGGAAAGCUCAGAACAUCCCAAGUCCAAUCUAUAUGCAGGCGCGUCGUCCAAGGGAACGCACCCUCCAACUGGACUGAUGCAUUACCCUCUUGAUGACACAUCAUCAUCAAGCGAUGAAGAGUUGGAUGCCCCGCCCGAUGCAAUGCAAUCAAACCCUGCCAUGUCAAAUUCAGAUGCUGGUGACCAGCUCUCCAUAGGUGUCAUGCCCCGUACACCUAUCAACUCCAAUGUGCAGUCCGGGCCCAGGAAAUGUCCGCCAGCUGGGCUACUGCACUAUCCCGUGCAGUCCCCAGUAUCGUCGAAUGAUGAUGAGGUUCCCCUUCCUGAUGACGAAAAGCUCACUCAGUCAACACCCCGUGUUCAGAAACCUUCCGAGAGAUUGGCACAGCUCAAGACAAAAAAGCUCGAAUCAUUCAAGCGGAUGGAGGCUGCUAGGAAGGCUGAGCGAGAAAGGGCCAACAAAGCACGAGAAGAGGAUCAGAAGGCCAAGGAGGAGAUGAGACGGCAAAGAGAAGCCGAACAGCGUCAACUACUUUUAAAAAAGAAAGCGCUCCGUGCGCAAAAGCCAAUCAACGCAUCACUUGCGCCAUCAAAAACACCUCCACCAAAACCUUUGAAACAGCCUAAAGAACAAUCUAAUCGUCUUCUGAUCCGAAAUGCACUUAUACAUGUUUGUUUAGCUGGUGCAGUUAAUGAACAGACGAAGCAGGAAGUUUUGGAGGACUUGAGCACAAGCCCAUCAACUCACUUUAUCAUCCUCUUUCGGGACGUCAAAAAUCAUUCGUUCCGAGGUUUAUACUCUUAUGACCCUGAACUUGACCACGCGCUGAGGUUAUAUGGUGUAGGACCGGAUGUCCUAGAUACACAUAGCGUGGCCGAGUUUUACAAGUACGACUCUGGGGCACGAACGUUCAAGUCCCUUCCGACGAAGAGCUUUGGGCGUAGUGUACAUGGAGUUGCUAUUGCACGGGAGAUGGGGAAGAGGAAGCUUAGGGUUCGAGGUGCACCGUAGGACGGGAAGAAGGAACGUACGGAUACUAUCAUUCGCGGAUACUAACUGUGAUGGCCACUAGCUUUGGACAAUGGCGGGGAUCCGAUUAAUUUUGGGCAAUAGCACUCUUUACAUGAUGGCAAUCCGUGCCCGAUUCCACUUGUGCGAGCCUUUGAAUAGUCUGCCACCAUUCCCCCGCAGAAACCGCACAGGCCCCAUGCAAAACGGAAAAGAACAUCCUUCUGAUAUUAUAAGCCACGCUGCUGAUGGCGGGAUUGCCGAUCCGAGUCUCCGUGUGGAUAGAAGAGACCUUGUAUUUUUACAUCAGGUCAAAUAAAGAGCGAACAGGACCUCCUUUUCUUGAACACCUAAGGGGAUUAACCUGAAAGAAUUGUUAGAGGACCUUGAAGUAGAAUGUGCGCUAAAAGGGAUUGGUCUUGAUAGGAUUUCGCUGCACCCUCUGCUUGGGAUGGAAAGGCGCGGAUCGUUUAUACGCCAAAAGAAUCACAAACUUCAUUAUUCGGUGUUCCCCCCAAAAGGGUAUGCUGCUGUCUAAUGACAAAUGUCCCCAGCGAGAUUACGACCAAAGACCAGCUAGGCGUCAUCACAAUAUGCAGAUUUUUAGGAUUUGAACAGUCACAUAACUGUC